GAGCCGGCGGCUCCACCGAACGGCCGCGCCUGCCGCCGCCGCCGCCGCCGCCGCACCUUCCGCAUCCCCUCCCCGUCCCGCCCCCCAGCCCCAGGCGCCCAGGCCCCCUCCCUCCUUUUCCCCUCUCCCUCCCGCCCGCUCUGCGCUCUCUCUCCGUGCAGCCAGAGCCCGGCCCGCCAGCCGGGCCGGCAGGAGGGCAGCGGCGGCACAACCAUGAGCUUUGAGGGCGGCCACGGCGGCAGUCGGUGUCGCGGGGCGGAGAGCGGGGACGCCGAGCCUCCCCCGCAACCUCCUCCGCCGCCGCCGCCGCCGCCGCCGCCGGGAGAGCCGGCCCCGGUCCCCGCGGCCCCGUGCUGCCUGCCGCCGCUGCCCGCGUCCCCCGCGACCCCCGCGCGAGCCGCGGGGCCAAGCGAGCCGCUAGGGGAGGUGGCCCCGCGGCGCAGGGGCGCAGACGAGCUGCCGCCCCCGCCGCUGCCCCUGCAGCCCGCCGGCCAGGAAGUGGCGGCGGCCGGCGACUCCGGGGAAGGUCCGAGGCGCCUCCCGGAGGCGGCGGCAGCGAAAGGCGGCCCCGGGGAGUCUGAGGCCGGCGCGGGCGGCGAGGGCGAGCGGCGGGGCGCCGGAGACCAGUCCGAGACGCGCUCGGUGUGCAGCAGCCGCAGCAGCAGCAGUGGCGGCGGCGACCAGCGCGCUGGGCACCAGCACCAGCACCACCAGCCCAUCUGCAAGAUCUGCUUCCAGGGCACGGAGCAGGGUGAGCUGUUGAACCCCUGCCGAUGUGAUGGGUCAGUUCGGUAUACACAUCAGCUGUGCCUGCUAAAGUGGAUCAGUGAGAGAGGUUCCUGGACCUGUGAACUCUGCUGUUAUAGAUACCAUGUUAUAGCCAUUAAAAUGAAACAACCUUGCCAGUGGCAGAGCAUUUCUAUAACACUGGUUGAGAAAGUUCAGAUGAUUGCUGUAAUCCUAGGAUCCCUGUUCUUAAUAGCCAGUGUGACUUGGCUCCUCUGGUCAGCCUUCAGCCCCUAUGCAGUGUGGCAGAGGAAGGACAUCCUUUUUCAGAUCUGCUAUGGAAUGUAUGGUUUUAUGGAUCUAGUGUGCAUAGGUCUCAUUGUUCAUGAAGGAGCUGCAGUUUACAGAGUGUUUAAGCGCUGGCGAGCUGUGAAUUUGCACUGGGAUGUGUUAAAUUAUGACAAAGCCACAGACAUCGAAGAAAGCAGCCGGGGAGAGUCUUCCACAAGUAGGACUUUGUGGUUGCCAUUGACAGCCCUGCGGAACAGAAACUUGGUCCACCCAACUCAGUUAACCUCGCCAAGGUUUCAGUGUGGCUACGUGUUACUGCACCUAUUCAAUCGGAUGAGGCCCCAUGAAGACUUAUCAGAAGAUAACAGCUCGGGGGAGGUUGUGAUGAGAGUGACUUCAGUGUGACAAAAGCAUAAGAUGAUGCAGUGUGGACCACCCUGCACAUUUUGGAAUGUAAUUGCAAUGAAUGGCAAAACCAUAGCACUUCUAAAAACACAUCUAUGAACUUUUUAAAAUUUAUGCUUUUUAUAUGAACAUUUGAAUUGCAAAUACAUUUUUUUCUGAGAAAAAGAGUCCUCUUGUUCUUCGUUGUCUGGUUUGUCACAUCUUUUAUAAGUUGGUACUUGAAAUCAUUAUACAUAUAAUUUAACUAUACUUGGUUAAGAGAAUAAUGAAAAUUAUCCUUAAGGCCAAAACUAUUUUUUCUUGCUUGUUUUAAAUAUAUUUUUAUGAAAGCUUU